GAGGAGGAGCUAAAAGUUGGGUGAUUGAACAUAGAGAAAAAGAGUUUAGUUUGGUGUUUUAUGUAGAGUAGAGGGUAGUACAAGAAGGAGCAGCAGCAGACGCAGUGAUGAGAUCACAGAGAUCUUUAAUCCUCUUUCUGACCAAACACUGCCACCCUCUCAUAGGCCCAGAAACAAUUCCUCUUCCCUAUACUCUCUAUUAAGUUAUUAACCCUCCACCUCCACCUCCACCUCCCUCCUCCUCCAUCAUCCUCCACCACACAAACCCAAUUCACACUGUUGAGAAAUUGGGUGUUUGUGUUUCUAGUUCUUGGUUUGGUGAAGUGGGGUAUUAAACAAAUACACCAUAUUUCCAAUUUGGUUCGUACGGGGUGGUGGGUACAUAAGGGAGGCACAAUUAUCAAAAGCUGUGUAGGGAGACAGCAGGAGAGAGAGGGAAAGAGAGAUGGGUUAGGCUGGAAAUAUAGGCGGUCUUGACCUUCUGGGUCUGGGUUUGUUUUUGUUUUUUUUGGCAGUUUAGGGGGGUUGGCUUUGGUUUGUGGUGUUGGGUAAUGGAAGUGGGGAAACUGAAUGGCAAGAGCUUUUGGGAGAGGCAGCAGGUUUCAGAGUGGUGGCAGUUGCACAAGCAACAAGAGGGAAGUGGGAAGGAAAGGGAGAGCAAAGCAGCAUCAAAAAACCACUAAGAAAAAGUGUGGUGCUCCAUUAAAAGCUGGAAGGGGAAAAGCACAAGGGCCUGAGUCUGGAUCCUCAAAGGAAUCAUCACCACCAUCAAAACCCACUAGUAGUUCUAAAUUCAAGGUAUGUAGAAGAAGAAGGAGGAGAAGAAGAAGACCAAGAUUCUCCCUCACAAGAAAAAGAAUAUCAUCAUCAUCAUCAGGAGCAAGAGCAAGAGCCAAGCUUCCAUUUCCAGGACCAAUAUCUGCAUCACCAACAUUUGUAUGGAGGAUUAGACGACUCACAAGCACAAGCGCAGCAACACCAACCCGCAAAGAAGCGCUCUUUCUUUCCUCCUCCUGCCCCUUCUUCAGCAGCAGCUUCCAUCGAAUAUGCAAGAAAAAUGGGAGAGAGCCACCAGCAAGCCACAACGUCGUCGAGAUUGGGGAUAAGAAGCGCAGGCGGCGAAAUCGUGGAGGUCCAAGGAGGCCACAUUGUUCGCUCCACCGGACGGAAGGACCGCCACAGCAAGGUCUGCACCGCAAAGGGGCCGAGAGACCGCCGCGUCCGCCUCUCAGCCAACACUGCUAUCCAGUUCUACGACGUCCAGGACCGCCUCGGCUACGACCGCCCCAGCAAGGCCGUCGAUUGGCUCAUAAAAAAGGCCAAGGCCGCCAUCGACGAGCUUGCCGAGCUCCCAGCAUGGGACCCAACAACUUCCACCGCCGCCGCCGCCGCCGCCUUACAACAAGAGCACCACCAUCACCACCAGCCGCAGAUAAUGGACCCAAUUGGUAUCCACGCCGUGGAUACCAUUGCUUCUGGAUGUAGAAGGACAGCAACUACAAUGGUGGGUCGCGAUGGUGGUAAAGUUUCAGAGAGUGAUAUGCACAAUCUUCAACCACCACAGAUGGGCGAAAACCGGAGUAAUAGUUCGAGUUUUCUUCCACCAUCGCUGGACUCCGACUCUAUCGCCGACACAAUAAAGUCCUUUUUCCCAAUGGGUGCAGCGGCGGAGACAACGCACUCUCCUCCGCCGUUAUUUCAGAAUUACCCACCAGAUUUGCUGUCAAGAACUAGUAGCCAGAGCCAAGAUCUGCGGCUUUCUCUUCAGUCGUUUCACGACCCAAUUCUUCUGCACCAGCACCAACCCCAAACUCAUCAUCAUCAAAAUGAGCAAGUGAUGCUUUUCUCUGGAACGACGACCCAGUUGGGUUUUGAUGGGUCGUCCGCUGGGUGGUCCGACCCGCACCACCAACACCACCCGGCGGAGAUUAGCCGGUUCCAGAGAAUGCUCGCUUGGAACGCCGCUGGUGCAGAAACUGGUAGUGGCAGCAGUGGAGGCGGUGGAUUCAUCUUCAGUUCGCCGCCGCCGCCGCCUUCGUUUGCCCAAAACCAGUGUUUUCCACAGAGGGGACCCCUUCAGUCCAGUAACACACCUUCGCUUCGCGCUUGGAUAGACCCGCCAAUUGCCACUGCUCACCACCAUCAAAUUCCAUCCGCCUUCCAUCAUCAGUCUUCUGGCAUCGGAUACGCCUCCGGCGGAUUCUCCGGGUUUCGCAUUCCAGCACGAAUACAGGGUGAAGAGGAGCACGACGGCACCUCCGACAAGCCGUCCUCUGCUUCCUCCGAUUCUCGCCAUUGAUAGAUCGAUAAAAGAACCCGAAAUCACUCUCUUUACGAGGAAAAAAAAAACAUGUUUUUACAGGACUCUGCUACCUUAUUCAAUGGGGGGCAAAGAGAAAGUUAUCUGUUAUGCCAAUUGGAGUUCGUGGAGAGGAGAUUUCUGGGUUCGAUUAGAUCCGAUGGCUUAUAUAUACCGCAUGGGAAGAAGAAAUCUGAGUGCAUUUCAGGUUCAUUCGAUCGGCGGUUUGUUUCACUUCUAUCAGCUUGGUUAUGUUCUAGCUUUGUUUGUGAUGUUUGAGUGGGCUCUUCAAGCUCAACUUUGUUUUAAGCUUUUUGUUGGAUUGCUUAUGUGUUUCUGUUGUGGGAACUUUUGUAUGUCAUGCUAUUUGCUUCUUCACUUCCAUUUCUAGAGUUUCAUCUGGUGAGACAUCCUUAAUGCAGAAUAUGGCAUUGUUUGGAACAUUUGUUAUGAAAGAAAGGGAACCUCCAUAUCACCUAAUGGGGAGUUUUCCCCCCUAUUGUAGAAAUGGUCAUUUUCUCAA